AGUGCGGCCGCACCCCCGGCCGCUCGCUCGGUAUUAUGAUUAGCGCUGGGUGCGGGGUUCCGGCGGUCGGGAGGGAGUUGUCGACGCCGCGGCCGCUGUGGACCGGUGCCCGGCUGCCGGCUGAGGGCUGGGAGACGCCUGUUCUUCUCUCCGUUAAGACAUCGCCUGUUGAUUUCUUUCCGAAGCAUUUAAAAUAAAGACAGGCAGGCACCUUUGCCGCCUCUGGCUUGGGCUCGGGAAGCAGGAAAGUGGCAACCCCUGCCCGCCGUGGCUUCCUCGAGCCCUGUCCUUAAACGGUGGGAUCGGGCUGCGACCCAGGAGCUUUGCUGUGAGUUUCGGGUCAGGUAUCCAUUGCUGUGCUGAUAAUGAAGGCCUUGUCUCCAGCAGAUACACUCAUAUGAGAAGACCCACUUCAAGCACUUUAAUUAUUUUCCCCUCUGUUGCACCAGCAUGGCAGGGUUCAAGCGAGGAUAUGAUGGAAAAAUUGCUGGAUUAUAUGAUCUGGAUAAAACCUUAGGCCGAGGUCAUUUUGCGGUAGUUAAGCUUGCCAGGCAUGUCUUCACAGGUGAGAAGGUGGCAGUGAAAGUGAUUGACAAGACGAAGCUCGACACGCUAGCCACUGGCCAUCUGUUCCAGGAAGUGAGGUGCAUGAAGCUGGUGCAGCACCCGAACAUCGUUCGUCUUUAUGAAGUCAUAGACACCCAGACCAAACUGUAUCUCAUUCUAGAACUUGGAGACGGAGGAGAUAUGUUUGACUACAUAAUGAAACACGAGGAGGGUCUUAAUGAAGACUUGGCCAAGAAGUAUUUUGCUCAAAUAGUUCAUGCUAUAUCUUACUGCCAUAAACUCCAUGUGGUUCACAGAGACUUAAAACCAGAAAAUGUAGUCUUUUUUGAAAAACAAGGUCUCGUGAAGUUGACAGACUUUGGCUUCAGCAACAAAUUUCAGCCAGGGAAGAAGCUCACGACAAGCUGUGGAUCUCUUGCAUACUCUGCUCCGGAAAUCCUGCUUGGUGAUGAGUAUGAUGCCCCUGCAGUAGACAUAUGGAGCCUGGGCGUGAUCCUUUUCAUGCUUGUGUGUGGGCAGCCGCCCUUCCAAGAGGCCAAUGACAGCGAGACACUGACCAUGAUCAUGGACUGCAAGUACACUGUGCCGCCCCGCGUGUCUGCAGGCUGCAGGGACCUGAUCACACGGAUGCUGCAGAGAGACCCCAAAAGGAGAGCCUCUCUGGAAGAGAUUGAAAGCCACCCUUGGCUCCAGGGAGUGGACCCCUCACCAGCCACAAAGUAUAACAUCCCCCUGGUGUCCUACAAGAACCUCUCAGAAGAGGAGCACAACAGCAUCAUCCAGCGCAUGGUGCUCGGGGACAUCGCAGACCGCGACGCCAUCGUAGAAGCCCUGGAAACCAAUAGGUAUAACCAUAUCACGGCCACGUACUUCUUACUGGCUGAGAGGAUCCUGAGAGAGAAGCAAGAGAAGGAGGUCCAGACCCGGUCUGCGAGCCCCAGCAACAUCAAGGCCCAGUUUAGGCAGUCAUGGCCAACCAAAAUCGAUGUGCCCCAAGACCUUGAGGAUGACCUCACUGCCACCCCUCUGUCCCAUGCCACAGUCCCACAGUCUCCUGCUCGGGCUGCCGACAGCGCUCUUAAUGGCCACAGGGGCAAAGGCCUGUGUGACGAGCUCCCGGAGCUGGCUGGGCCAGCACUGUCCACUGUGCCACCUGCAAACCUGAAGCCUGCUGCCAGCGGGCGGAAGUGUCUCUUCAGGGUAGAAGAAGAUGAGGAGGAGGACGAGGAGGACAAGAAGCCUGUGUCCCUGUCCACACAGGUGGUGCUGCGCCGGAAGCCAUCAGUCACUAACCGCCUGACAUCUCGAAAGAGUGCCCCAGUGCUCAACCAAAUCUUCGAAGAGGGUGAGUCCGACGAUGAGUUCGACAUGGACGAGAACCUGCCGCCCAAACUGAGCCGGCUGAAGAUGAACAUCGCUUCGCCAGGCACAGUGCACAAGCGCUACCACCGCAGGAAAAGCCAGGGCCGCGGCUCGAGCUGCAGCAGCUCUGAGACCAGCGAUGACGACUCAGAGAGCCGCCGGCGGCUGGACAAGGACAGCGGCUUUGCUUACUCAUGGCACCGGCGUGACAGCAGCGAGGGACCCCCGGGCAGUGAGGGCGAUGGCAGCGGCCAGAGCAAGCCUAGUAGCGGUGGUGGCAUGGACAAGACCAGCCCGGGCGAGCAGGGCACGGGCGGUGGCGGCCAGAGUGGCUCAGGCGGGACCCCAUCGGGUGCAGCAGGCUCCUCGAGGCGCUGUGCGGGCCCUGACUCCUCUUCAUCCUCCCCAGCCUCGGCCUCUGCCGCUCCACGCGGUGCGGAGCUUGUGCAGAGCCUCAAACUUGUGAGCCUGUGCCUAGGCUCGCAGCUGCACGGCGCCAAGUACAUUCUGGACCCGCAGAAGGCCUUGUUCUCCAGCGUGAAGGUGCAGGAGAAGUCCACGUGGAAGAUGUGCAUCAGCGGCCCUGGCCCCGGCCCCUCCACCGACCUGGACCCGGUGAGGACCAAGAAGCUGCGGAACAAUGUACUCCAGCUACCUCUGUGCGAAAAGACCAUCUCUGUGAACAUCCAGCGCAGCCGCAAGGAAGGGCUGCUCUGCGCCUCCAGCCCGGCCAGUUGCUGCCACGUCAUCUGACCUGUAGAGCGCUCCCUCACCUCUUGUGUGCUGACGUGACAAUGCAUGGUCUUUGUGCAUGCUGCUACACGCUACUUUUCUUUUCCAGCCGAAAAGUCUACUGUGUGAUUUUACAUUCAUGAUUUCAGUGUGGAUGACCAGAGUGAAAUUGUAUAUCUGGAACCCAACGUAAAUGGAGCGCUUAGAAAUCCAUGUUCUGACUUAACCUGGAGGGAAAAUGCUUUCGUUUCCUUGUGAAAAGCCCAAAUUCCUGUCUGACCUCCGGUGAUAGGGAAACUCCGUGCUCUGAGGCACACCGGUGCCCAAGACAGAACCAAAGCAAUAACGUGGUGAUGGCCACAGGCCUGGGAGGAGCCGCUGCCAGCCACCCAGGGCCUGUGCACCAAGAACCCAGCCACGGUUUGAGCACCCACACCUGUUUGUCUUAAGCGAUAGCGUGAGAACAGUUGGGGCUCUUACAUUCUCAUUGACAAAGAUUUUCCUCUUUGUAGUAGGUGAGAUCCACUUAGCAGUUUGUGAGGCAGCUUCCCCUGUAAAAUUACAAGCAGACAAUCUUUUGUGAGGUGAUGAGGUGAACUCUUGUCUUAACUAUUUAGAGAGUGUGUGUCUGUCUGACAGAACAGAGGCUCUGUGUCAGCUUCCCCUGCAGGACACAGAGGGUUCCUUCACAGCUGUGGAGUGGAGACCCUGGAGGGUGCCUGCUGCAGUAGCCACAGUGCACAGCAAAGUCAAACUGACAAUAAAACAACUCCCUGGAGUUGGGUGGCCUCCGGCUCCUUCCAUUCACCAGAGCCCACUGACACACACUGGUCAGAGCUCCAGUCCGGACUGAUCGAUCAACUCCCAAGGCAUCUUUCUGAUGGAUGCACUGUCUUCCCUAAUCUUGGGAAGCCCAGAUGCUGGUCUUGUUUUGUUUUUCACACUGUGCCCUGCGGGGUUUUGAAAACAGUACUUACAAGUGACCUGUGGAUAGGUGUGGCUGGGCCCAGCGUCCUUCCCACACUCCACCCUUUCCUGACUCUGAGUGACAGCAGAGGUGCAGCUGACCACGUCGUUCAGAGCAGGCAGGGCACAGGCCAGACACUUCUUCAGUGCUCACUCUGCUACUUUAGGUUAAUGUAUAUUACUCAGAACUUCACAGUAGAACCUGGCAUACUAAGUAAAAUGAUAUUAAGAUACUCCCUAGACCUAGGCUAACGCUCGUGCUUUAAGCUACAGUCCCGUUCAGCGUGACGUUUAUAUAGUUGAAAGCGAUGAAGAUAGGUGUGGGUGAAGCCAUAGAACACAUUUGCUUGAAAUUCUUAAGCAGGGAUCUUCAAAGGGCCAGAAAGCAAUCUGGUUCACAGAGACAGUGAGAGCCACGUCUGUGUGAGCGAGGAGAGACGUUUAUAAGGGGCAUUGCAAUAAACUUUGUCGCAGCCGUUUUCCAAGUAAUGUACAUACUCUUGUGUGGUCACGUCCAGCCUCAGAACUCAGCUGUACACGUUUGGUCUCCAGUGGUUUUAUAUCCAGGUGUAUAUACGGUGCUCACCUUAGAUCAGCAGUGUUGGCCAUUUAAGCUGCAGAGCUGUAUCAUAGCCUUAUUAGUUGUGUGUGGUUGGUGACCCUUUGGGUACACAAAUGUCUGUCCAUUUGUUGACAAGUGGAUGUCCGUGCAUGUGUUGUAUGUCAUGGGAUGUUGUCACAGGGAGGGAGCAGAACACCAUCACACCAAUAGUGGACCAAACUACUUGUUGCUCUAACCAGUGACUUGUCCCCUAACCUGUCUUCAGAAGUCACAUAGAGUUACAGCAGUGUAUAAAUUAAAUAUUGUGGGAAAAAUUAGUCUUGUAUUUUUCUGUGUGUAUAUAUAUAUAUAUAUAAUUAUGUACUUCUGGAAUUCUAUCUGUAUUUAAAGAUGUGACAAUCUUGACACCGAUUUUAAUAGUCAUGAGACUGAACAAAGAUGUCCUACCGAGUCAGAGUCGGUGUGUGCUGAGUACACACUUGUUGGCUGAUUGGUCAGCUGCCUCUAGUUCUGGCCAGCCUUUCUCCUUGUGCUAACAUCGACAGGUAUGUGACAGACGGGAAGUAAUAAAGUGGCACCCUGGUGUUCAGCAAUA